AUGCGCCUGCAGCCUCCGAUUGCGAACGGAUUCCCUCGUGAGACCCCCACUGAAGGAGCUAUCAUCGAUGGGAAGUUCAUCCCGGGGAAUACCGUUGUCAACGUCAGCCACUUUAGCACUUAUCGUUCCCGAGAGAAUUUCAGCCAAUCCGAAGAUUACAUUCCCGACCGUUGGCUUGAUAAUGAGAAAUUCCGUGGCGAUAAUAAAGAGGCGUUUAAGCCAUUUUCAGUUGGGCCAAGGAAUUGUAUCGGACAACAGUUUGCUCUUGAUAGUAUGAAGCUCAUUCUAGCACGGCUUAUUUGGAAGUUCGACCUAGACCUGGCACCCGAGAGUUCUGAAUGGCUUGAUAGCCAAGUUGCCUUUGUGUCCUGGCACCAGCCACCUCUCAUGGUGGCUUUGAGACUUCGCCCCUCAUAA